UAUUGCAUUGCACAUUGGUGCAGGCCGGCACGACACGGCGGAAGCAGCGGUCGAAGAAGCCAAUGCGUGCAUGCGACGCGCGCUGGAGGCAGCUGCAAGUGUACUUUCGUGCGGAGGUGACGCGCUGUCAGCUUGUCAACGUGCCGUGGUUGAGCUGGAGAAUGCUGCGUGCACCAACGCUGGGGGCAAUGGGCCUCAUGUGAGCCUGACAACACAAGGCAGAAUAGAAACGGAUGCAUCUGUUAUGAGUGGCGCGACCAAUGCCAUCGGAUGCUGCGGCGCGGUGGAGGGCGUGCGCAAUCCUGUUACUCUGGCCGUCCAUCUCCUCCGUUGCCAACAGUCCGGACUGCAUUCUGCCACUGAUCGCCAGCCUCCGUCGUUCCUCGUCGGUAGGGGGGCGCUGGCUGAGGCGAAGCUCGCCAACCUUGCCACUAUCGACUAUCAUACAGAACCUGUCCACCCCAACGCGUUGGCACAGCAUCGCGACCAUGCAACCAAGCACAUGUUGAAUGGCUCGUUGGACACAGUUGGAGCGAUUUGUCUGGACAGUGCGGGGCUUGCCGUCGCGGCAGUUUCCAGCGCUGGCAUCGCGCUGAAGAGGCCAGGCCGCGUCGGCCAUGCAGGGUGUCCUCGAAUGGGAUGCUGUGCGGCCAACAGUUCGAGCACGCGACCAGCCUUUGCGUUCAGCGCGACUGGUCGCGGAGAGCAUAUUGUGCAAGGAUCUCUACUUCAACACAUGGAGCGGCAAAUGUCGUCCAUGUCGGAGAACCGUCGCGUCCUUCACGAUGCCAUCCAUGAAGCUUUUCAAGAUGCCAAAACCUCCAAUGGCGACGUACCGGUUGAAGGCGGCGUGAUUGGCUUUGUUUCGCCUGGAAACAAGGGCUCAUCGACAAAGAAGCGCCGACUUCCCUCUGACGAUGGCCUCGAAUUCCUCGCUGCGUUUACCACACCAAGCAUGGGCAUCGGCGUGUACUCGAGCGCUGACGACGCCCCUCAUGUAUCGUCGUCGCUUGAGUUUAAAUUGUCCAACGUGGUUGACUAGACUGAAAUCCUCCGUGCGUCAAGCAAGGGCUCCCUGGCAGUGCACGUGUGCAGCGUCCCAUCGCAGCAUCCCAGAGCCCGCUCCCGGACAAUUAGAUAGCGAAGAAAUCGUUUCGUGCGGUGUGUGGGUGAUUGAAAAAUCGCUGGAAAAAAUAACUCGUUGCCGGCUGUGGGGUGGCCACCUCGUCGUCAACAAGGUCUGCUU